CCUUGGAAAGGUCGAGGCAGACGUUUGAUGUAAUGCUUGCAUACCUGUUCGGACUGUGUUUUUAGUUGAGGAUAUAUAUACAUUUUAUAAUCACCAAUCAGUAAACAGUUAUGGAGUGGAGCGAACAGUACGCACAAUCAAUGGGCAAUAUUAAACCCGAGAAUUUCGAUAUGGGAUCAGUAAUAAAACGAGAAGGUUUCGAUAUGGCUGUUGUUUCUCAAAAUGAUGUAAUGGUCUCUUUGUCAAGCGAUGGGGGUACGACAAUCCUUUCUACUGGAGAAAUGAGUAACGGAAUUUUGCAAGUUCCGUCAAGUGAUGGACUUAUGGGUUCUCCAUCGGCGAAAGAAAUUGAACGUUUCAAUAAUCUUUCCGAGGAGGAACUAAAAAACAAAUCCCUUCCUGAUCACCUUAAAGAGGGACUUGAUAUUGUUAUAGUGGGGAUUAACCCUAGCUUGGCCUCAGCACAUGUCGGACAUCACUAUGCUGGUCCUGGAAAUCAUUUCUGGACAUGUUUAUCACAAGCUGGUUUGGUUCCAAUGGCUGUCAGUUGCUAUGAUGAUUCUAAAAUGUUGGAUUACGGUAUCGGAUUCACCAAUGUUUGUACAAGACCAACCAAAGGUGCAGCUGAACUUACACGUAAGGAGAUGAAGGCUGGUGCAGCAAUCAUGCUUGAAAAAAUGAGAAAAUACAAGCCUAAAAUUGCCGUGUUCAAUGGUAAAGGCAUUUAUGAAGCGUAUGUUGGACAUAAAAAUUUCUGCAUGGGAAGACAACCUACAACUUUGGAUGGUACAGACAUAGUCAUUUUUGUGAUGCCUUCGUCUAGUGCACGAUGUGCACAACUUCCACGUGCUGAAGACAAACUUCCAUUUUUUUUAGCUUUAAGAAAACUACGUGAUUAUGUACGUGGUGAUUUAGCUGAAUUACCUGAUUCUGAAGUAGUGUUCGCUGAUUAUACCGAAUUUCGUGUUACUCAACCAGAUCCCAAAAGUUUACGUAAAGCUGAACGACGUCGUAAACGAAAAGCUGAAGCGGCAGCAGCGGCCGCUGCUGCAGCUCUUGCCGUAAAUUCUGGUGAUGGAACUUUAGUGAAUGGAAUUGUUUCAAGUCAAGUUGACAGUGGUAAUGUUACAACAGUUUCUCAAGCUUCAAAUGGUGUAUCCGCUGAUGGUAAAGUAAAAUCUAAAGCAAAACCUAAACGUAAAAAAUCAUCCAAUAAUAUUAACAAUUCAAUGGAACAAUCAUUACAACAAACUACCUCUAUACAACAAAUUAUGAAUGUAACUGGUAUUACUACAAAUAAUACAACUGGUAUAACAUUUACAAAUUGUACAACUGAUUUACAAUUACAACAUCAACAACAAGUCUUACAGCAACAAGUACUACAACAACAGCAGCAGCAGCAACAACAACAACAACAACAACAAACAUUUCUUCUGCAACAACAACACCAGCAGCAGCAACAACAACAAUUCCAACAACAGUUCAGUCAACAAUCCGUUCAACAACAACAGCAACAACAACAAAUUUUACAACAGCCACAACCACAACAUCAAAUGAUUGUUAGUGCUGGUGGUCAUUUUAUGUCUACACCAAUGGUCACUUUGUCAACAAUGGCAGCAGCGGCGGCGGCUGCCGCUGGUGGAACAGCUACAGCUAUACCUGUUCAUCCUGGUGGUACCCAAACAGCUGUAGGAUCGGGUUGUUAUGCUGCUGGUACGCCACAAUUCCAAUUUUCCAAUAAUCAUCCAACUGGUACAACACAACAAUUUUUUAUUAGUCCACAAACUUCAAAUUUAUCUGCAGGUAAUGGUGGUAAUACUGCUGGUGGUGGUCAAACACUUUUACAAUGGUCCACGACUCCAUGCACUCAAGGUGUUCCAACAACUGUUCAAUUUCAACAGCCCAAUCAACAUCAACAACAGGGAAUUGCUGGAACUUGGCCAAAUGUCUCUAUCUAUCAUCAGCCACAACCACAACAAAUUGGUACAGCUAUCCAGUCACCUUCAGGAGGUGCUGGUACUCAGACAACUGGACAUACACAACAGCAGCAACAACAAAUGUUCACACAACAACCAGGAGUUAUGCAACAAGCUUCAAUUCAAAUGGCUCACCAAGCACAACAACAAUUAUUAUUUACAUCACAACAUCCAGUUGGAUUACAAGCAGCCGCAGCUACUGGGGGUGCUCCACAAGCAGCUUAUCCACAACAAGUGUAUUUGGCACAAGCUCCUGCGGGUGCUAACGGUGCAGGAACCUCAUAUCAUCUACUUCCUGUUGGUUGUCCUGCUUCGAAUUUCACAAGUUUAUUAUUAUCCGACCAACAACAACACCAGCAACAACAAGCAUUAACACAAUGCUCUACAGCAGCAACGACUGGAUUACAUAUUCAACGAGGACAACCUACUGUUCAAAUUCAAACACAACAACAACCGUAUCAACAAACUCAACAGUUUCAACAACAUCAACAAAUUCAAGCUCAAACGCAUCAAUUACAAUCAGCACAACAACAAGGUACCAUAAUGUCUACUGAUAAUAUUACUGGUCAAACUACUGGUUCCAUUGGAUAUUCUAAUAACAAUACUCCACAAUUUAUUACAUUAGCACCAGGUGCUCCAUUAAAAGUUAUGGCUGUUGGUCCAAAUGGUCAACUUAUUCAAACUACUGGUUUGCCACAGUUUAUGCCAACUGGACCAGUUGGUAUGACUAUAAAUCAUCAAGCUACAGCAUUACAAUCAAAUCAGACAUCGAUUACAGUAACUCCUCAACGUCGUGUUGCCACACCUCAACAACAACAACAACAACAACAACAGCAACAACAAACAAAUGGACGUUUAGUAUCGACUGCUUCAACGGUAGCAGGAUUUUUCUCUGGUACAGCUAUUUCAUCCGGUACAAUUCCACUUGUACAACCAGCAGCUGGUAUAGUGGAAGAUCUAGUACAGAAUACAAAUAAUACUAGUUUAAAUGCUGCAUUAAGCACAGGAGAUGAGAAAUUGGUUUACACAGCUUUAUAAGAACUGUUUUUUUUUUUAAAAUAAGUAUUAUUUACAGAUAUGAUGCAUUUUUCCUAUCGAGUAACAAUAACUGUUUAUAUUGAUACCAUUGUGUACUAAAACUCUUCCCGGAUGUAUAACGUCGUCCAUGUAUUUAUUUAUUUAUUAUUAUUCUUUAAUGAAGUAACUAAGUAGGAUACUAUCUAUCCUUCCCUUUUGUAGUAUGCCUUUUCCUUAAUCUAAUCAUUAUAUGUAAUUUUGACGAAUAUGAUUAUUAUCUUUCUUUUGGUUCGUCUUUUAAAAUGUCAACAUGGAAUAGACAAUCUCUUUGUUUUUUCUUCAACAUUUGAAAUGUGCAUUAUAUACUUUCUUCUUUUCAUUCUUUUACACUUGUAUCUUUUGAAAUAUGUGUAGUGUUUAUAACACCAGUAAUGAUGUGUGACGAUUCAUCAUCUUGAUGACUCCUAUAGGUGUACGUGUGUGUGUGUGUGUAAGAGAGACCAUCUUGAUUGGCUAAUUCCAAUGUAUUUUAUUUUUUGUUUGUUUGUUUAAAUUUCAAAUGAAACUAAUCUAGUCGUUGCUUCUUUCUACCUCGUUGUGUGUCAUCGUUUCGUUCCGCCUCUUUUUUCUUUUUGAAGGACUUUUAUUAUUGUCAUUUUAUAUUCAACAGCUAUAUAUAAGAAGACAUGUAUUUAUCUAUCGACUUCAUUCUGAUUCUCCUUAGAUCUUUGCUUAUUUUUUAUUAUUUCAAUACUCUACAGCUUCAAGACAAUGCAUUUGUCAAUUUAUCAAUGUAAAUUAUAAACAGGUUUAUAUGUGUAAAAAAACAUACAAGAAGAUCACUUCUUUCCCGCCAAACCAAUCUUUAAACGAACAUGGCGGAUAAAUUAAAAUAGAAUGGAAGGAUGAUACUCCUCAUUCCCCCCUCUCUCACUUUCCGCAUGUUUUUUUUGGUGUUUUCUGUGUAUACACAUUUCAAUGCUCAUGUGUGUUAGUGUGUAUUCGUGUUUUAUACAUGUCUCCUUUUUAUUCAUGUAUUUUACUCACUAAUUAAUUACAUCAUUAAAGGUUUCUUUAUUUUUCCCUCUUCUUUUUCUUUCUAUUAUGUAUAUUGAAAAUUCUUUCCCCCCUUUUUUUCUCUAUUGUCGUUUGUUGUUGCUGUUCUUUUCUUUUUGCUGUUUUUUUUCUUUAUUUUAUAGAACAACAAAUUAGUAUUAUGUAAAUAAUGUGCAUAGAAAAGAAAAAGGGAGAAGGAAUCAUUUGUGUAUAUCUCUUUUCUUUAUGUGUAUUUGCUUAUAUCCAUCUAUAUCUAUUCACUACUUUUAUCCUGUUCAUCUUUUAUUUUCUUUCUUUUCUUUUUUUUUAUAUCAAUGAUUGAUAAUAAUGUAAUAUUUAUUUUGACAUGUAUUCUAUUUAUAAAGAAGGAUAUGUAUAUGUUUAU